GAACAGCAUUGCUUGCAGAAGAAUACCAAAAAGGAAUUUACAGUUGACAAAAUCACACGAACCGUGUGGCAGGCGAAGUAGGCCACUCUUAAUUAAAGAAGUAGAUGUGGGCAUGUGGCUGAGGUGAAGCAACACGGUCACGACACUGUGAAGGAGGCUUCCCCACCUCAUAUAUCUACUGGGGAAGGUGGAGUCAAAGCCUCAUCCCCAUUAUUUGAUCCAUCUCUCUGCAAAACAUCUUCAGAGUUUCUUUCUUUCCAAACAUCCAUGGAUCCAACUUCUCACCACAGGCCCGGCUCUCACCCCCAGAAGCACCACCAACCAUCCAGCAGUGAGCUCCUCUCAAGUGCCAAGGUAGUUGCAGAGGCAGCCCAAGCCUCCUUCCACCAUGAAUCUGAGAAAGUGGACAAAUCCAGGGUCGCAGGCGCAGCAGCUGAUAUUCUGGGCGCCGCCUCCCACUAUGGCAAGCUGGAGGAGAAGAGCUUUGGGAAGUAUGUGGAGAAGGCUGAGACUUAUCUCCACCAGUACCAGUCCUCCCACUCCACCACCACAACCAUCAAUUCUGGCCACUCAACCACCAACACCACAGAGACACAUUCCUCCUCACACUCCGGUGGUGGUGACAGCCAUUCUGGAGGUGGGUAUGGUGACUACUUGAAGAUGGCUGAAGGUUUCUUGAAAAAGUACUGAUCCCAAUUCCCUUUGCUUGUCCAACCUGUGUGAUGUGUUGUCUUCUGCUUUGUUUUACUUUGUUUCAGCCUUUCUAGACUGUAAAUCUUGGUGUUAAUCAGUAUGAAAUGGGCCAUAUAUGUAAUUGUCCCAAAUUUCAGAUACUAGUGUUGAACCAUCGUAUCUUAUAAGUAAAUAUUGUGGUUAGUUGUUCUUAGAAUCUUAAUUGUUUUCAAGAUCUAUAAGAAUGGGUAGUUGAAUUGGAUAAA